GGCGUCCUGUGCAUUUGCAGGGGCGUGGCUGGGGUCCUGAGCAGUGUGCUGUCUUCAUUCCCCAGCGGGGCUCCGGACUGUCAACAGCACCGCGGCCACCGGAAGCUCGCUGAAGCAAGCAAGCAUCGGCAUGCAGCCGCCCUCAAGCCUGGGCGGAUGCGCCCUCAUGGCGCUGGUUCUUGUCUGUGGCAUGGUGGGGGUCUGGGGAGAAGAGAGUGGACCCCUGCCUGCCGGAGCCACAAACUCAUUUCAGGGGACCGACAAGAUAAUGAUGCCACCCACGAAGACCUCCUGGAUAAAUGAUUCCAACUCCAGUCUGCCAUGGUCGCCAGCACCUGCGGAGGUGUCUAAAGGAGGGGGCAAGGCUGUAGCCCCACCACGAUCCUUACCCCCUCCUCCAUGCCAUGGUAACAUCGAGAUCAAGGAGACUUUCAAAUACAUCAACACCGUAGUGUCCUGCCUCGUGUUCGUGCUGGGCAUCAUUGGAAACUCCACGCUGUUGAGAAUCAUCUAUAAGAACAAGUGCAUGAGGAAUGGCCCCAAUAUCCUGAUCGCCAGCCUGGCUCUGGGGGACCUGCUACACAUCAUCAUCGACAUCCCCAUCAAUGUCUAUAAGCUCCUUGCGAAGGACUGGCCAUUUGGAGUUGAGAUGUGUAAGCUGGUGCCUUUCAUACAGAAGGCCUCUGUGGGAAUCACUGUGCUGAGUCUAUGUGCUCUAAGCAUUGACAGAUACCGAGCUGUUGCAUCAUGGAGUCGUAUUAAAGGAAUUGGUGUUCCAAAAUGGACAGCAGUAGAAAUUGCUUUAAUUUGGGUGGCCUCCAUAGUUCUGGCUGUCCCCGAAGCUAUAGCUUUUGACAUGAUUAGCAUGGACUACGAAGGAAAACGUCUACAUAUUUGUAUGCUGCAUCCUGUUCAGCAAACAGGCUUCAUGCAGUUUUACAAGAAAGCUAAGGACUGGUGGCUAUUCAGUUUCUAUUUCUGCUUGCCUUUGGCUAUCACUGCAUUUUUUUAUACCCUGAUGACAUGUGAAAUGUUGAGAAAGAAGAGUGGCAUGCAAAUUGCCUUAAAUGAUCACCUAAAGCAGAGACGAGAAGUAGCCAAGACAGUGUUUUGCCUAGUCCUGGUAUUUGCUCUCUGUUGGCUUCCCCUUCACCUGAGCAGGAUUUUGAAGCUCACACUUUAUGAUCAGAAUGAUCCCAACAGAUGUGAACUUUUGAGCUUUUUGUUGGUAUUGGACUAUAUCGGCAUCAAUAUGGCCUCCUUGAAUUCCUGCAUUAAUCCAAUUGCUCUGUACUUAGUGAGCAAAAGGUUCAAGAACUGCUUUAAGUCAUGCUUGUGCUGCUGGUGCCAGUCAUUUGAAGAAAAACAGUCCUUGGAGGAAAAGCAGUCCUGCUUAAAGUUCAAAGCUCAUGAUCACGGAUAUGACAACUUCCGUUCCAGUAAUAAGUACAGCUCAUCGUGAGAGAGGGAAUCUUAAUCUCAUUUCUCUUUAUUUUGGACAGAAGUCAUUAAAACACAGAUGAAUCCAUUUCCAAAACAAAGCAUAAAGCUGUAUGUUCACACAAAUCCACGUGGCAAUGUAAGAGAGAUUGCUUUGACACCUGACAUCUAACGAGCUCUUUACAACAAGAAGCAAAGUAGAAAAGUCAUGGGAACUGACAAACAUCAUGAGGAAAGCACUUAAGUUUUUCAUUACACUUAACAUUCCAGCAUAGCUCUUAAGAAGCUCCAAGUGUGUUCAUCUGCACUUCCAUCUUCAAACUAGCUCACUGAAAAUUUCUAUUAAAGCGGUUCAUUGUUAAACCAAAUGAAUCAAGAUCAAGGAAAAUGAGUCACGGUGAAACUGAAUUUUUAAGUGAAGUUUCAACUACUUAAUUGGAUUUUUUUUUAAUUAAACAACUUUU